AUGGUGGUGCAUGGCAAAGCAGAGCUCACAUGAGAUCUCCGUGAUCUGGGAACCCAUAUAAUAGCACUUCCAUCACGAGAGCAGGUAACUAUGUUAUCAUGACAAUACCUGAAAUACACAAGUUAUGACAUCAAUAUGCAACAUACUUAGCAAUGAGAGAGGAGUUACACUUAUUAUAUUAAAUAAAUUCUAAACAAGUGUAGCUAAAAAAACACUACAGGAAAUAACCAUUAAAAUAUACCAGAAAUUUCUGAACUUCAGUGUAUUUUCUUCUUUCCAAGGGUCAGAUGUCAAAAUUUUUGAAGCAACAGAGCAACCACUGCAUGCAGAGGUAGCAAUGACAAUAAGAAUCCUUAUCAAAUAUAAUAUAAAAUAAAAUAAAUAAGUGUAGAUCUAACCCAGAUGGCUAACCUGAACUGUACAUAAUUAACAUCAUUCUCAUGACCAGAUAAUAAAUCCAUCUCAUGUAUUGGUUGUUCUGAGUCGUCAGUGUUGGGCUUCAAGGCACUCCAUACCUGCAAAUAGCAGUAUUUUUCUUAACAUAUCUGAAUAGAUGCAAUAUUUAAACAAGAAAAAGCCAAUUGUAUUAAUGGAAGAACAAUAGGAAAUAUGUGAAGAUUACAUCAGAAAACUUACUCUGGCAUAAGUAUCAGAGCUACCAGUAACAAAAACAGUUCCAUUUGCAUUAUAUGCACAACAAAGUACUUGAUAGCUCUGUUGACCAUUGCUUGAGGAUGGUAAAUUAGCUGGUGGCACAUUGCUCUUCCCUACAAAAAUUUAUUAUUCCUCAAACAAUCCUAAAAUCAAUCAAGAAUAACCUAAUAACCAAAAAGCAAUAAUAGCUAUCAACAGGUCAGACUACUGAUCUGGAAAGAUUAAGCAACUGAUCCAACUCAAAAACCAAAUAGAUUGUACCAUUGAAUCAAAUUUAGCAUGGUAAUAAUGACAAACACAGACCACUUCCAGAUCCACGCCUGAUCUAUUGACAGAAAAAGAAGCCCAAUAUCUAACCAUUUAUCGCAUCUGAAGGUCGAGGAACAUAUAUUCGGGGAUUGUGUGAAUUUCUCGCAUCCCAUAUUCUACAAGUUCCAUCAUCUGAUGACCUACAUAUAUUGUAAGUCAUAACAGUCAAGACACAAAAUUGCAGAUUAAGAACACUAGACAAACGUGUGUAAAAUAAAAAGGAAAUUAACAUUCUUCUGGGACUCAUAUUACACUUAAUUGACUAAGAUAACCCCCUUCAAAAAAAAAAAAAAAAAACAUAGGCAACACUGUAUAUGGAAAUAGGUGUCAACCUGUGCUAUUUUAAAAUAGUUUAUACAUAUGUUGAAGUCUCACCUCCCUUUUAUUAUGUUGAUACAAUAGGGAUUUAGGAGAAAUAGUGAAAACAGAGACUGAAUAAUCUGAACUGAAACUAAAUAAUUUGAUGUGAUAAAAGAAAACUAACCUCAAUUUAUAUUAAUAAUAGACUUCAAAUCCUAAUUAAAUAAUUACACAAAUCAUAAGGCAUAAUGAAAUAUGGAAACCACUUCUAAGAGAUUAUUUAAGAUACUCCAAAUUAUUUCAAGAUAUAACCAAUAUUAUAAUCAUGAUACUCCCCCUCAAGCUUAAGUGUACUAAGUUUUAAGCUGUUACAAUUGAACACACAAAAAUGUAGUAUUGUAUAUAUAAUGCAGUGACAACAUCUAGCACUAAAGACUUACGAUAGCAGCUGGUAUACAGCAGUAGGCCUAGGACUAAAUGCAAUAGUAUUAACAGCUCCAGUAUGUCCACGCAAAACUGAUAUUGGCAUCCCAUCUGGUAAGCGCCACUGUUGUAAAGCAAAUGUCAAUUAAAUUGCACAAAGUUUACAGGACAGAACAAAAAAAUUGAGGUAUUCUACUUACAACUCGAAUGACAAAAUCAUUUGAAGCAGAUGCCACCAAUGCAUUGUUUGAGCUUACAGCCAAGUCAGUAAUAUCACCCUUCAAUUUAUAUAAUGAGCAAUGACAACAUAUGAUAUUGAAAGGAAAACGAAUUUAUCAAAAUUACUUUCAUAAACAAUACUCAUCACUCACUUCAUGUCCACGGCAACUAGCUAAGCAAAAUGCAGUUUCCAUAGACCAAAUCUUGACAAGACGAUCAUCAGAACCACUAAUAACAUAACGCCCUGAUCCAUCAAAUAUGGCUGCAAGAUAAAACCAUGUUUUAAAAGAUUAUCAAGCAUAAGUUCAACUAUUAAAGUAAUUACUUAACAUCAAAAGGAAACUCUAAGAAGAGAGAGCAAUGCUUAUAAUGAAAAAACAUUAGAUUCAUUUUUUUACCAAGGUCAUGUAACUUUAUGAGAAUAACUAAACAUGAACUCGUAGAAUAGCAUGCCCAUAAAGCAACCAUAUUAUCAAGUUUAGCAGAAGACUAAAUCAUACCACAAUAAACAGCCACACGGUGCCCCCUUAGCUUUUUAAUAUUCUGCAUCUUUUGCACCAUAGUAGAUGGUUUGGCAAUAGCAUAACAUGCACUGCGAAUAGACGGAGCACAAUGAUGCUUUGUAAAGCCACCUCCAAGCUCCCUUAAACUUAGCCCCUGAACCUGAUUAGCCUUCAUGUGUGGCCAACGCAUGUAAAGUGGAGGGGGCUUCACCUGCUUGUCAGCAGUUUUCCUAUCAACUGUACAAACACAAGGAUUAAAACAAAGUAAAUUCCCAUUCUUCCAAAUAAAUAUUAUAUGGUUAAUAUUGAGGACAUAACCAACUACACCAACUGUCAGACAUUUUUAAAUGUAAAUUUACCAAUAGAAGCUUCAGAUCAGUACUACAUUUGUAAAAAGGAAAGACCAGCAAGAAAUUCCAAAGCAAAGACAAUUAUCUACUCAAGUGUUUAAAUAUUUAGAAUCUUGGACCUUUCCCUUUUUAUAUAUGUUCAUUACUACCAGCCACACAAUGAUAAUAUUAUAUAUGCCCCAGUACAAAUCUUGGUGGACCAAAAAUGACCACUGUAAAAUGUGUACUUUUCAGAUGCUAACGUAAUUUUGGGAUGCUCGUAUAUUCAAUUAUCAAUUCUACCAAAGCAGAAACUGCAACAGCCGAUCCCAAACCCAGUAACUUACAGCAAGCCCCAACAGAUUAAUACACAUCUUUGAGA